GACAAACGUGAGAGGUGUACAUGGCAAACCCAAAUCUCGCGAGAACUCACAGUGUCACAUCCGGAGCUCAUCGCGAGACUAGCAUCCAGUCCUCUGCCUGAAUCCAGCUGGUAUCCUGCCUACCGUUGACGGUUUUGUUGCAGCUGAAGUGAGAGCCGCCCGUCACCAUGGGAAACAUCUUCGGGAAUCUGCUGAAGAGCCUGAUAGGCAAGAAGGAGAUGAGGAUUCUCAUGGUGGGGCUGGACGCUGCUGGAAAAACCACCAUCCUCUACAAGCUGAAGCUGGGGGAGAUUGUCACCACCAUCCCCACAAUCGGUUUCAACGUGGAGACGGUGGAAUACAAGAACAUCAGCUUCACCGUGUGGGAUGUGGGCGGCCAGGACAAGAUCCGUCCCCUUUGGAGACACUACUUCCAGAACACCCAGGGUUUGAUCUUCGUGGUGGACAGCAAUGACCGUGAGCGGGUCAACGAGGCUCGAGAGGAGCUGAUGAGGAUGCUGGCCGAAGAUGAGCUGCGGGAUGCUGUUCUGCUUGUCUUUGCUAACAAACAGGACCUGCCCAAUGCCAUGAAUGCUGCAGAGAUCACAGACAAGCUGGGCCUGCACUCCUUACGCCACCGCAACUGGUACAUUCAGGCCACCUGCGCCACCAGCGGGGACGGCCUCUAUGAGGGCCUGGACUGGCUGGCCAAUCAGCUGAAGAACAAGAAGUGAAGGGCCCGGUCAGGAGAGAGGGGAAGAGCCUGGGUGCCAGCUCCAGGUAGUGGUUAUAGUGGGUCUAUUGUGUUUACAUAGAGAGGAAAUGCUGAAAAGCUCCCAGGGGGUGACUCUCACUGGCUUUCUCCCCCCCAAAUACUUCUAUUUUAUUUCCUUUGUUUGAUUUGUUUGGGUCUGUGGUGAGCGUUUUUAAUCAUUUACAAACCAACAGUGUCAAAGUUAACCUCUACGAUUUUCAUUCUAUAAACCGAAUGCAUAAAUAUUGGGAUAUAAUAGUAUAAGGUUACUGUAAAACUAUGUGAAUUUCCCCUACUUUGCAGUCUAUGACCUUUAACCUCCGCGAACAUUUAAUUUGUUCAGAAACAGUCUAGACUUCUGAUGGCAGAGCAGCCUUCCCUCAGAUACUAUAAACUUGGUGUAAAUUAUAAAGAAUGUCAUAAUAGUAUAGUUGGAGUACUAUUACUACGUCAGAAUACUAUCACAUCGUUAAAAAACAGUAUACGCAGAUAAAUGUAAUGUCGUAAUUUAUUGUCCAUAUGGAAGUUUUUACCGCCACCAAAUUACUGCUGUUCAGAACUCAGUUUUUAUUUGUUAAAAUCUUAAGUUUGUUCGGAUUUUAUUUAAAUUCAUUGUGUUUGUUUUACUUCUUUUUUAUUUGACACAUCUUCUGCUGACACACUGGAUAGUCGUAGUAUAUUUAUUUAUUCAUUAAGUUAUUUCUUCUUUAUUUGUUAAUUUCAUUUUCCAAGUGCAUCAUGUGGUUUCUCUCCCUUGAUUGCAAUGUGCAUUUACUGCUAAGGCAGCUGGUGGAAAAAAAAAAGCCCCAGUAUCACUGUACAUUACUGCUUCCCAACCUGCAUGGAGAUAUCCCAGUACUGGCUCGUGGGCUUGUAAGAGCUGUGAACUACUGCAGGCCGCUGCUGUAAAUAAAGAUUUGUUCUUAGUCGACUUGCCUGGCUCGGUAAGGGUUAAAACAAUUUCUCUGGCAUCAGCGAAGUGUGAUAUCUAAACUGAUACAGAUGACAGAACAGGCAAACUGUACCAGCUCUGUGGCUUAGAAAAAAAAACUGCUGCUAUUUGGCCUGCCCUGUGGAGAGUGAUGCAGCACGGCAUGUGAUUGGCAAUAUUAGAGAGCUUACAUGGUCCUGAAUGUUUCUUUUUCAAAUCAGUUUGUGCGAGCAGCUGCACCGUAUCCGUCGAAAGAACUCACAUUGCUUGUCAUCCUGAUUUUAUCAUCCCUAACUGGCGUGACAUCAUGUGUGUAUCUUGUGUUAACCAAAUCUCUGUGUAUCAUGUUGCACAAAAUAACUCUAGAUGCAUUACUGUUGUACAAAAUGUAACGUCUGCUUUAUUAUUAUUUUUUUCUUGUGUUUUUGACUGGAGUGUUAAUUUUAUUUUUGGAUUUUGGUGUAGUUUUUUUUUUUCUUAAGUUGCUAACUAGAUCUGGCAGUUGUCUUUUUCGGUUUUCACACAAAAACAUUUACAAAAUAGGAGAGAGGACGAUCGUAAUACUGCAUCAUAAGGCAUGUUAAUAAUGUACAAGAUCUGUAAUAAAAGUGAAUUAUAAUAGCCUGUUUCUUCAGACUAUAUUUGUUAGUCGAAAUCACUGCUGCUGGUUGGAACAAUGCUGUACUAAUACGUGUUAUGGAUUUAGUGUAAAGUUUACCGAACAACCUUCUAAUAUGCAAAAGCAUGCUUUUCUAUGUCAGCGCAACUGUAUAUAUGUUUAUGUAAUGAGAAAAGUAUACCCUGGUAUUGGCGGUUCCAUUCAAAGUGCUGUUGAUACACCUGUAGAUAUUGGGGUCAGUGUGUUGGCGGAUACGUAUAACUGACAGCAGCUUGUGUGUGUGUGUGACGUGCCCUCUAUUCUGUUGGUGUGAAAAUAGUUUUUGUGGCCUUAUUUUGCCAGUGGUUCAUUUCUCUUUGAUAACAGGUUUGUAUGUAGGGAUGUCCAGCAUUCAUCACCUACUGAUCUGUGACACACUCGCGGUACUGUUGCGGCUAAAAAUCCCCCUUUAUUGGCGGACUUUAACUUGCAGACAAACGAGGCUGCACUACAUUCCAACUGAUGCGUUUUCAGAAAGGAAAACCCUUGAAAGUUAUUAUUUACAUUAAUGAGUAGAAUAUUAUCAAGAGAAGGAAAUGAAAAACAACACCUAUAGGUGUCAAAGUGUUGAAUGAUUGAAUAAUUCCUGGCACUACAUGGAUCAAUAAAAGAGACCAAAACAUA